AUGGCGGCCCCUCCCCCGGCGGCGCUCCCUCCCGCGGGCGGGCCACGGGCCGAGGCGGCCGCCGGCGGCGGCGACUGCAGCGUCUGCCUGGGCGAGCUCGAGGAUGCCUGCAGCGCGCCCUGCGGGCACGCCUUCUGCCGGCGCUGCAUCCUCGGCGUGCUGAGGAGUAGCCCGCCAGAGUGGAGCGGCCUCUGCCCACUGUGCCGCGAGUACACGUCCGUGUUCAACCUCCGCUCCUCCGACGGCCAGCGCCUCGUCGCGCCGCGUGCGGAGGCGCCCUGGGGGUCCGUCUUCGUGCAGGGCGGAGGCAUCGGGGUCGCCAGCUACCACUUCGACGCCGAGGACGACUGCUACAUCUCCUACGCUCGGGCCCCGGGCUGGAAGCUCGACGACGGCAGCAGCCCGCCUGCCAGGAAGCCCUGGACGGCGGUGCAGUACGACCCGCAGAAGUUCGUGUUCCGAGGGGUGGUGGAGUGGAGCCCGGCCUUCGGCGGCACCGUCCGCUGGGACUACCGGCUGCACUUUGCGGAGGACUUCAGCGCCAUCAUCGGCGGCAGCGUGACUUGCGCGCCUGCCGAGGGCGGUGAUCCUCACGUCGACAGGUUCUGCCCGCCCUGGGAGGUCAGCUGGCAGCCCAGCGGGCACCUGUAUUACCUGCGCUGGAACGCCCCGCCCGCCGACCCCUUCGGCAGCGUGUUCGUGCAGGGGCUGCACUACGCCCCUGGGCUGGAGGGCAUCGCCAGCUACCACUUCGACUCCCCCGAGGACUGUUACAUCUCGUACUCGAGCGCUCCGGACGAGUGGCGCUUGGACGACGGCAGCCACCCGCCACGCCGGAAGCCUUUCGCGGACUGCGCCUACGACGCGGACAGGCGGACCUUCACCGCGGUCGUGCACUGGGACCCGCCCUUCCACGGCGACGUGCGCUGGGAGUACGAGAUGGUCUUCGCGGAGGACUUCGGCGGCAUCGCUUCUGGCCAGAUGCGGGGCUACUCGGGGCCCACCACUCGCAGCAGGACACAUGAGUUCGGCCAGCGGCGCGCCUUCGGGGGCCCCUACCUCUGCUACGUGAGGAAGCCCGGGGCGCUGGCCCUGAGCGCGCGGCAGGGCGCCGCCCUCCUCGCGGGCGGGGCCGGCGCCCCGCGGGAGCCCGCGGCGGCCCCGCGGGAGCCCCGAGCGGGAGAAGGU